UACAUUCAGCAGUGAGUACCUCACCUGCACCCUGCACUUUGCCAACAACUGGGGUAUCCUGUCUAACGCCCCUUUCCCCGGACCUGUAGCCUUGCCAGACAUCAUAACCCCGCUUCUCAGUGCGCCGCCAUAUUUAGCUAGUCUCAGCCUAUCAGAUUCUCAACGUUUGUCGCUUACUUGAGAAGACAUUGGCUGACGCUCAGGCGGCGGACAAAGUGUGCAGAGUGGGUGGAAGUCUCGCGGUGAUUGGUAGGAAAGGUUUCCGGGUGUCGUGACGUCAUUGAGCUUCAAGACAAGAAUGGCAAUGCUGGACAGAUUGGCAUUCCUUCAGCAGCUGCCAUUGCUUUUAAAGGGGACUUCAGAUGAUGAUACUCCCUGUCCUGGGUACCUGUAUGAGGAAUUUGCCAAGAUCUCAUACGAGUCUGUAGGAAGUUGUCAGUGUCUUCUGGAAUAUCUGCUGAACCGUCUGCAGACCAGCUCAUGUCAUGUAAAGCUAAAGGUACUGAAAAUUCUUCUGUCGCUGUGCUUCCACGGAUCUCCGCAGUUCAUUCAAGACCUCAGACGUAAUUCUGCUUAUAUACAGGAGGCUGCAGCAGUUAGUGGACCCCCAGACCCCCUUCAUGGUAUCAGUCUGUACCAGAAAGUUCGAGUCACAGCACAGGAAAUUGUGGGCAACUUAUUCUCAGAGAGCAUUCCCUCUCCGUCACAUACAGUGUCGGCAAAAGAAAGAUCCCAAUCAGGAAUGGGAUCUCAGGCUUCCAGUGCUCCAGCUCUGCAUGGGUUUGGAUAUUCACAAGAAGAGAAGAAUUUAGGUAACUCUAAGGACACCUUUCUUAAUGGUAUACAGCGUGCAGCGGUAGCUGUGACACAUUCCGUGCUGCCCGGUGCAGGAUUAUCUCAUACACAUGCAUGUGAACAAGCAGAUGAUGCAUAUAAGCCAGUGGCCAUACCUUCCACUGAUAGGCGCCCACUGCCAGGAAAUUCCCUUCCUACAAGUGCACACAGAGGCUGUCACCGAUCAGGUGUACCUGGGGGUGGGUGGGAUGAAAGUGACAGUGGAAACAGUUCCCAGGAAUCUCCUCAUGACAAGUCUCCUCUCAGUCGUUCAUCUGAUGUUGGUAGCAAAUCAGGAAGUGAUGGACAGUCUCGGAACAGCCAACGAGAGAGCUUGGACAUUACAGACAGGGUAGAAUUCACUCAUCUGAGUGACUGCCAGCAAGAGGCACGAUUGGUUCAGGAAGUGACAUGGGGGAAGAGAGUUUUUCUUACCCAGGAGGAAAGUCAGCAGUUUGUCAGAGGAUGUUCCCUGUUGAACUGUGAAGUUGUGUUUGAGAUGUUAAACUGCUCGCUAACAGAUGACAGUAACUGCAUCAAAUUGCGCUCCAUGUGUGCGAUAUCCUCCCUCAUGGCCUCUGACCUCCUGUCACAUGAACACAUGAUAGCAGUUGUCAGGCAAAACUUGCAGACAUUAACUGGAGGACCACCAGGGCCAGUGAAGGACAAGGCCACCAAGAUUCUGCGCCAGUUUCAAGCGCUUACUCAGAAUUUUUCUGAAAGAGGAGCUGUGCAUCAUGAGACUUCCCCUUCCCCCACCACACACUGCUCUUUGGAUUUAUUCGCUGAUGUUAUUCCUCAUUCUGUGGUGAGCGGUUUACUGACAUCGCUAAGUGUCCCCUCAUCACCUACUUUAAAUGUUCAGAACACUGUUUGUUCUCUACAGAAUGGGGCUGCAAACCAAAAAAAUCCAAAUGGGAGCACUGAGAAAAGUGAUCCAGCUGAAGAAUUAAGAGUAGAGACUGGUGACCACAUAAGCACAAAUAUACACGUGUCUCUGUUUGAAGGCAUGGAACUAGUAGGAACAAUGAAAUCCAGUCACAAAGAAGAUACUAUAGGAUACAGGGCCGGAGGACUUUCUGUUGAACCUGCAAAGGAAGAACCAUCUAAGCCAACCCUGUCCUCUGUCUUUUCAUUUCUAAACACUUGAUGCAACAUAAGAUAAGAUUAUUUAUUUGUCACGUGCAUAGUUAUACAAGUACAACAUGCAGUGAACUGCAUCCUGGUUCACUUUUUUAAACUGUGCAAAAUUAAAACAUACUAGUUAAAUACUACAACUAAGUACGAAAGGAUUACCAUAAAAAAAAUCUAAAAUUUAGAAUAAAGUAUAGCAGCAGAGCAUAUGUAGUACAAGAUGAACCUGUGGCCUUCACCAGGUGAACUUGCCCCAAGCACUCACAUAAAACUAUCAGAGUCUGGUUUCUAUGAAUUAAAUAUUUUUUGUCUGUGUGAAUGAAUAUCUGCAUGUGGAGCUGCACAAAGACAGAGAGCAAGUCAUGCGAUGAACUAAAGGACCAAUAAUGGUCCUUGACACAGGAUGUAUUAUCCACCAAAAGAAGUGCCUGAAUAUGGCUGGCAAGCAUCUUAUUUAGUAGAAUUCCAUUCAAUUAAUCUCCCCAACUGAGACUAUGCACAAUGUGCCAUGGGCCUUAAAGUUUGCAAAUGCCCAUCCAGUACUUUCAAAUAAACUAGUUUGCAAGUGAAAAAGUUUUCAUUUUGUGGUGCUAUGGUAAUCCAUGAAUAUCAUUAGACUCCUGUAUAUCUCCCAUUGUGUUCUACACAAUUUAUCUAUUAUCUGUUAUGUAAAUGUGGGCUCUAAAAGCCUAGUUUUGACUUGAAUGGCUAUUGAUGCCUCUAGCAAACACACAGUUUGUUCCAGUGCAAGGUAAUAGUAAAUCAUAUUUAAUGUACGUAUACAUAGUCUUUGAUGUUACUGGUCAAAACACACCACAAAUUAUGUUAUGCACAAAUAAUUUUAUUUAUAACCUGGACAUACAGUUUUUAAAAAUGUGCACAGGAAAAAAUAUUACACGUAAAGUAUUGCCCAUUGGAAUUUGAGGGAACAUUGGACAGUAUUUGCAAAUAUUACUUUACAUCAAUCAGGUAUUGUUUUAGCAUUAACAAAUUUAAAUAUAAGGAUUUCCACCUAUU